AUGGCGGCGCCCGGCGGUGUGGAAGAAAUGAGAAGUCGCGUGGUUCUAGGCGAGUUUGGAGUUCGCAACGUCCAUACUACAGAUUUUCCUGGGAACUAUGCUGGGUAUGAUGAUUCCUGGGAUAAGGAGAAGUUUGAAAAGAAUUUCAGAGUAGAUGUUAUUCACAUGGAUGAAAGCACUCUAGAAUUUGACAUGGUGGGAAUUGAUGCAGCUAUUGCAAAUGCCUUUCGACGCAUCUUGCUUGCUGAGGUGCCAACCAUGGCUGUGGAGAAGGUCUUUGUGUACAACAACACCUCCAUUGUGCAAGAUGAAAUCCUAGCCCACCGCUUGGGGUUGAUCCCUAUACGUGCUGAUCCUCGUCUCUUUGAAUACAAGAGUGAAGAAGAUGAGUGUGAUGAAAUUAACACUCUGCAGUUCCAGUUGAAAAUUAAGUGCAGCAAGAACCCUCAGGCAGCCAAGGAGUCAUCUGAUCCUAAUGAACUGUACAUCAACCAUAAAGUCUAUAGCAAGCACAUGGAAUGGGUGCCACUGGGGUCUCAGGCAGACAAUCUGAAUGCUGACUUCCGUCCUGUACAUGAUGACAUCCUCAUUGCCCAGUUGCGUCCCGGCCAAGAAAUCGAUGUACUUAUGCAUUGUGUAAAGGGCAUUGGUAAAGAUCAUGCAAAGUUUUCUCCAGUGGCCACAGCCAGCUACAGGCUAUUGCCAGAGAUAACUCUACUGCAGCCUAUUGAAGGGGAAGCAGCUGAGAGGCUGAAGAAGUGCUUUUCUCCUGGGGUUAUAGAGAUUCAGGAAAUCAAAGGGAAAAAACUGGCAAGAGUGGCCAAUGCUAGAUUAGAUACAUUUAGCCGGGAGAUUUUUCGUCAUGAUGAUUUGAAAACCCUUGUGCGGCUGGCUCGAGUGCGAGAUCACUACAUCUUCUCCGUGGAAUCCACAGGUGUUCUGCCUCCAGAUGUGUUGGUGAGUGAAGCAAUCAAGGUGCUAAUGGGAAAAUGUCAGCGCUUCUUGGAGGAGCUGAAAUCUAUUCAGAGGAAAUAAGAAGCUUGUGUUCUUUAGACUUCAGCAUAAUGAUCUGCUUAGUUGGGGUGCUUGCAGCUGUGACUUGAAGGAUGGCUUCCAACCAAGUUGUCUGUUAUAUCAUCAUAUGGAUAACUCUCUACCAUGGAUAUGAAAUAUUGGGACUGAAUACUUUAUGCUUUCUAUUUUGGGCAGUAACUUGAUCAAUGGUUGAGAAUCUCAGAGGAGGACUAAUACACUGUGGAAGCCUGUGAAUGGACAGACUGCUGGAAAUAAAUUGCGGGACCUCCCAAGUUGCUUGGCUUGCCUUCAGUUAUAUCUCCCAAGGAGAACAAAGCUUUGUUAACUGGUGAAUCACCUGUCAAACAGGUCACAACAGCUGUCUCUUUAGUGAUGUGUACUGGCAAGAUUUUUGUUUUAUGUAGUACGAGGUCUUGUGCUAAUGCCUGUAAUCUGUGUACCACACCAAAAAUGGAAGUUUAAGAAUGUGAUUCAUUUCUUAACUGCUUUGUUUCUAGCUAGUAAAGAAGCUGGUGUUAUGGUAUGACUUUAUGGAAGGGGGAAGGGAGAGAGAAUGAGACACUAGUAUUAUGUCCAUUUUAAUUUCAAGAUCAUCCAAAAAGCUCUGUAACUGAAUUGCCACAGCCCUCUCUAUUAUCUUGCCCAAAUAGGGGACGUUGGAGACCGGCCGGUAGUUCGCCCAUUCAGCCGGGUUCAAAGAUGACAUUCUAGAGAGGAUGAACCACCGCUUCCUUGAGUGCCCUCGGGAACAGUCCCUCCAAGGGGGACUUG